AUGAAAUUGUUCAUCGUCUUAGCCGCUGUUGCUUUGGCCCAGGCCGCCAAACUGGACAGGACUUACCUUCCACCUAACGCUCAGGCAUCUUCAGGAUCUGCCUUCCUUGAUGCUCCCCGCCAGUCCAACGGAUUCCAGGGUCAAACUGGUGCCUUCUCAUCCAGCGCCCAAAACGGUGCUUACUCAAGCUUUGACGCCCGUCCAGUGGAGCGCGCUCAGGCUGCCUUCGAGAGGAACGCUGCUAUCCUUCGUCAGGACAACUCCAACGAUGGAGAGACUUACGCGUAUGCUUAUGAGACUGAGAACGGUAUCUCUGGCGAGGAGAACGGAGUGGCAACCAACGGAGUGCAGGCUCAGGGCAGCUACUCCUACACUGGGGAUGAUGGCAAGGUCUACUCUGUGAGGUACACCGCUGAUGAGAACGGUUUCCAACCCCAAGGUGACCAUCUCCCCACUCCUCACCCUAUCCCUGAAGAGAUCCUGAAGGCUUUGGAACAGAACGCUCGCGAUGAGGCCGCUGGCAUCUUCGACGACGGAUCUUACAGCGAAGCCAAAUACGACACCAACGCUCGUAAUGGUUACCAAAGCUCCAGUUCUGCUGCUGGAGUCCAGAAAGCGUAUCUCCCGCCUUUCGCGCAGAAAGCUGGAGCGAGACAAUCCUCCUUCGAUGCUAGAGCCGGCUACCGUUACUAGAGACUGAUGUAAAUUAUUGUACAUAAUGGAUUGUUAUUCAAUAAAGUAUUUAUUUGAAC